UUGUAGUCUACAUGUGUGUUCAAUUCAGUUUAGAUUAAUUGACAGGUGUUCAGUUAGUUGAUGUAAGCAAUUUCACCCACAAAAUGGAACAUUGCUUAUUUAUACAUGUGCAGAGCUGUCAAUGCUACAUUGCAUUUUGUGUUGUCACACAAAACAAAAAAAAAAGUUACUUUUUGCAGUAGUUCAUUACCUUUUAUUUUACAGGAGUCUGGCCAAGAACACUCACAAUUAUCGGGCAGUUCCUCCUUUAAUGCGUCACCCAUGCGACAGACUUCCACUCCAGUGAACGCAAGUCCUGCAAGGUACACAACCCCUGAAAAGGUUGUGAAGUUAUCCUUUCCAGAAUAUGUAUUGCACACCGACACAGAACUUGAGCAAGUCCGACAACAAUACUUUGAGCUGUCGAAGAAAGGCCAGAUGUCAAAGGAGCUCAGAUGUCGCCUCAUUCGAAACACCAUGAGCAGUAUGAUUGCAAUCCUGAGAGCAAAGGGGGAUGGAGAAUCGCACAGAUACCCAUCAAAGCCAGAAAUUACAGCUAUGGCAAAGAGAAUAGUACUGUACUACCCCAUGCUGCAGGACCAAGGCCUCCAUACAUGGGUCACUGUGUAUGCACAGCUAUACAAAAGAUUGCAAAAUGUGAGAUCUCCCCAAAAAAGAACUCCAGAUGGGAGACAUUCAAAGAGCUCUACGAAGAGGCGCUGUCUUGAGCAGCCAACAGACACAGAUGAAAUCGAUUUAAGUGACUCAACAAUCAUUCUAGAUCGAUCCACAGAGGGAAGUGUCAGCCCAGGCUCAGACAGUAACGAAAGUGAGUUAGAAGGACAAAGAAGAUCCCAGAGCCUACCUAAAGAAGCACCCUCUGCCCUGUCUAGUCUUGAUGCUAACAUGUCUGCAGAUGUUGACAGACCAGACACCUACAGUCCAGCAACCAUGGCAAAGCACUACGAGACACUACAAACUUUGUAUAAAAGAAAAAAUCCAAACCACCAGGAUGUCUCUCAUCUCUUGGAUUUAGAAUUUGUGGCCAGAAGAGCAUUCAUUGAUUCAAAUACCAUUCGCGAGGAGGACAGACACAAGAAGGUUCUUGAAGCAUAUCCUUGUUUCAAGGAUGUUGGACAUGCGAUGGAGGAGCUUCAACGCAUUUUGGAUAAGGAUAAUACCAACUUCAUCGAUGAACUGAAGGAAAGAUGGCAAGACUUCUGCCAGAAGGUGCAGUUUUUUGGUCUUUGGAAGAAGGUGCUGAAACCCCCACUAGGAAUGGACAAAGCUGAACAGGCUCUUGAGAUCUUACGUGUGCUGCCAUCACUGUUCCCCUCCACGUCUGCUCCUCCAAAGAGGCUACGAGAUGCAAGUGAGGCUCUGGUCCAUGUCCUUGAGGAAAAAGAAGACCCCAAUUUCUACUUGAAGAAACGCCCUCUCUCCUGCCCGGUCCUGAUUGUCAGUCCGUCCAACUGCCUCCUAGUGGUAGGAGAUGUGGCAAUAACCACCUUUCCAAAAGACAAGCUUACCGAGAGUGCUUUAUAUCUUAUGGCCUACUAUUAUACCCUACACCUGACUUAUCCAAAGUGUGUAGCCACUCUGCUUUCAGUCAUACAGACGGAGGUCCUCUUAGACAGAAUCCAUGAGAGGGAUCUCACAUCAUCUUACAAGAAAAGCAUGGCUGAUUGGAAAGCUUUUAUUGGCCAAUAAAACCAGUGGUCACAUAUGGUGUAGGAUAGCGCUUCUUCUUUCCCUCCAAGGGUACUACAAUCCAUACUCAUUGCUAUUGAUUCUUGGUCAGUAUUUGGCUAAGUUAGCCCAGUGUUAAUUUGGGGUGCACAACAAUAUUGGCCAACAUGCUGAUAUCGGCAAAAAGUCCAGUAUGGUGCAUCCGUAAUGAUAAUGUUACAAUGGUUAAUGGUGUAUUG